UACAUAGUUAACAUAAAAACAAAGCAUAAAUAAUAUACUAAAACCAGUGCAAAGGUUUAGACCAUGUAGUACCAUAGGUGUGCCAGAAAAGAGAACUUUUUGUUAGGCACCUGAAACUCAAGAGAGUAAGUACCUGGUGCAUCUCAGAUGGUAGAGCAUUCCAUAAUUGUGGUGCCAACACAGAAAAGGUCCUCUUCCUUACAGCCUUCUUUUUAACCUCCUUGGGGAGAGGGACUCAGGAAGGCCUCAGUGGAUGAUCUUAAACAGUAGGCAGGAAUACAUGCAGUAAGGCACCCCCUAAGAUAAUGUGGUCCUAAGACAUUUAGGGCUUUACAUAUCAUAGUGAAAACCUUGAAUUUGACUUGGACUGGAACAGGCAGCCAGUGCAAUCAAUGAAGGAGCUGUGUAAUAAGUUCAAAAGAACUGCUCCUCAGCAACCAUGCUGCCCUGUUCUGAAGAAUUUGAAGAGUCCAGGCCAUCUUCAAGGGAAGCCCCACAUAUAGUGCAUUACAAUAAUCCAAUCUGGAGGUUACCAGCCCAUGAAUGACCAUGGCAAGAUUACACUCAUCCAAGUAGGAGCAUAGUUGGUAAAUCAGUCAAAGCUCAUAAAAAGCACUCUCAGCAACCAAGUCCACCUGGACAAACAGGGAGAACUUGGGGUUCAGGAGCACCCGCAAACUACAAACUUGUCCUUUGGCGGAGUGCAAGCCAUCUCCCUAGGAGGCAGAGCCUGCUUCACAGUCUGUGGGAAAGAGAGGACUUAAGCCUCCUUUCCCUCUUGAUGACCCAGGUGAGCACAGGAACUGCACAACAAGCCCCUGAAGGUUGUGCACCUCCAAUCUAAAUCAGUCGAAGUGGCAGUUGCCCCCACAGGUGAGUCUGAUUGCUCAGUCCCAUUCAGUGCUGACCUUUGGAUGUAUUUGAUCAAUUGGGUGACUGAUACACACUCCUGGAAGUGUGUCAGUUGCCUGAUCCGCAUGAAUACAACCUACCAGUGUUGCCAGAGCAGCAUGGGAAGUAACUCAUGCUGUACAGGUAUGACAGUGAUGUGUUAUACUCUGGUUUACUUGUCUUUUAUAUAACAUAAUAAUGUUGUGACUUAUGUAGAAAGAUGCCUGAAAGGGUUUUGAAUUGGAAUUCAGUUAUUUUUGUGCUCCAUUGAAAGGAAGUUGUGCAUUCCAACUACAUUGGUACAACAGAAUAGAAUAGACAUUUAUUGACCAACAAAAUUUCAAGGACAGAUUCUAAAUGACUCUAAACACACAUUUUCACUACUUAGUAACACUCAAAGCUGCAAGUAGGUCUAGGAAGAGCUAGGCUUUGUCCUUCAAGAUGCUCCACAGUUGUCAUUCUUUGUUCUGAAAAAAGGUUUUAACUCUCCCCUUAUUUUGGCAGUCAUUUUACACACCAUCUGAAAGUUACAAAUGGAGAGCAGUUUAAGAAUCACAAUUUCUUGCUGUAUCAUUGACUGUAAACAUAGUGCUAAUUUGUUCUUCUCUGGUGACAGGAAGUUAUCUAUCUGAUAACUUUCAGUAGGAACUGGCAAGUUGUGUGCACAUUUACUAAUACUUAUAAUACUUUUCUUUAAAUGCAAUUGGAGUACCUUUCAAAGAAGUAAAAUGAUACAGAAACAUACCGUGGAAUUAGUGAGCAAAAAAGGAAAGCAGAACUCAAAACUCAAGAAAAGUCUUGCAUGUUUUGUUUAAUGCGUACAUUGUGUCUGAGGAAGUUAUUUUGUACUGUUUGAUUCUGUUAGUGAAUAUGGUCCAUUUAAGGUGGCUGUGCUUUCUGAUCUUUCAGAUUACUCCAUUUCAUGCCUCUUUGGUGCAAUUCAUUGGCAAAGCAAUGGGAGCAGUCACAAAUCCUGUUACAGGUUUUUUUAUUAGUAAAAGCAAAUGGACCAAAAUAGGCCGACUUUUGCCUUGGUUGGUGGGUUGUACCCCUUUCAUUACUGUAUCGUACUGGUUGAUGUGGUACUUACCACACUUCGUAUCUGCAAGAGUUGUAUGGUAUCUUACUUUUUAUUCCCUUUUCCAAGCACUAUUUACACUAUUCCAGGUCCCAUAUUCUGCUCUUACCAUGUUUCUUAGCACAAACCAGAAGGACCGAGAUUCAGCAACAGCAUACCGGAUGACAUGUGAAGUUCUUGGAACAUUGAUUGGAGCUACAGUCCAUGGGCAAAUAGUUGCUAGUGCUCACAAGUCAGAUCACUGUAAACAGAAUCAUACUCUAGAUGUUUUCUACUCUGCAGAGGUGCAACAGAUCAAUUCCACUCUAGACCUGUAUCAUGGAGUAAGUUGAAAACCACUUGGGAGGUGUUGGGAAUAUUUCAUCACCUCUUCCUAUUAUAUAAAAUGAUACUGAUCAUCUUGAUAAUCGCAAUGUUAGAGUACAGGCACCAACUUUAUGUAAAUGAAUUGUGCUCCUAAAUAUUUUAAACCAUU